GCGGUUCCCACCGCCCGCGUCUUCCCGCUCGCUUUCUUUCUCUCUAUCUCCUCCUCAGCCGAACGAAGGAGUGGGCUGGCUGGGUAUCCCCUGGAGUGAGCGCCAGAGCGGAGCGCUCGGUGGCGGUUCCCGCCUUUUCUCCCGCUCCUCCUGUGUCGCCCUUCUCCACCACCUCUUUUUCGCUCUCUCUCUCUCUCCUUUCCUUCUUUCGGAGUCGCCGCCGCCUGCAAAGCUGCCAAAAGGGAGAGCCUGCGUGCCUACCCGGGAAUUAAAUGCCUGACCCGAGCCUUGCUGAGUUCGCCGUUCAGAAAGCACUCCUCUGAGCGAUAUAUGGGAGGAAAUGAACGCGGCAGGAAAGCCGACUCUUCCUGCCCCGCUGGAGCGCCCGGACAGCCUCCUCGUCCCGACUUGGACAAAAACUGGAAUUGCUUUGCUAUAUGAUGAAAUAUCUGAAAAUGCCUAUGAAAUCCGAUUGAAGCUUUCAAAAGAGGUACUAACAAUUCAAAAACAAGAUGUCAUCUGUGUUAGUGGAAGUGUUCCCAAUGCAAAUCACAGAACCGUUAAACUUCGUAGACAACCAGUUGGCGGCUUGGGCUUAAGUAUAAAGGGUGGUGCCGAGCACAAAGUGCCUGUUGUUAUAUCAAAAAUACUUAAAAACCAAGCAGCAGACCAGUCAGGAAUGCUAUUUAUUGGAGAUGCCGUAAUACAGGUUAACGGCAUAAGUGUAGAAGGCGCUACCCAUGAAGAAGUGGUGCAACUACUGCGAAAUGCUGGCGAUGAAGUUGCCAUCACCGUUCAAUACCUCAGGGAAGUACCAUCAUUUCUAAAGCUCCCAUUGGGUUCCCCUGGGCCAUCAAGUGAUCACAGUAGUCGUGCUUCUUCCCCACUCUUUGACAGUGGUUUACAUUUAAAUGGGAACUCAACAAAUACAGCACCAUCAUCACCUUCUUCACCCACAGCUAAUGAACCAAAAUAUGAGAAGCGUUGGCUGGAUACCUUAUCAGUUCCUCUAUCAAUGGCUCGAAUUUCAAGAUACAAAGCUGGAACAAAUAAAUUAAGAUCUAAUGCAUUUGAAGUACUGGCACUCGAUGGAAUUAGCACUGGGAUACUUCAGUUUUGUUCAGCGCAGGAGAGUGCUGACUGGCUGCGAGCAUUAUCAACUAACAUCAGUGAUUUGACACUACAAAAUAUGAAGAUGGCAAACAAAUGCUGUUCUGCCUCAGACCAGGUGAUACAUAUGGGGUGGGUGAAUGAGAGGCUCCAGGGAGAAGACUCCCCCCAACUGUACACAUGCAAGUUCCUGGCACUGAAAGGUUCAUCGUUCUAUAUUUUCAGCACGCCACCGGUAAGCACAUUAGACUGGAUACGAGCUGAAAAAACCUAUAACCUCUGUGAGGUUCUAUUUAAAAUUCACAAGCUCUGGCUCAAUAAUGACUGUUGGCUACAAGCAAAUUUAUAUUUGGGUAUUCACCAAGACUACGAGCUUGAAGACCAGAGGCCAUAUUGCUUCAGUGUUGUGGUUGGACAUGGCAAGAGUCAUUACUUCAAUGUGGAACAAGGAAGUGAGCUGGCAAUAUGGGAGAAAUCAUUUCAAAGAGCAAUCUUUUUGGAAGUUCAGAGAACAGGGUCUAAAACUUUUAUGUGUUCCUGGCAAGGAGAAAGUCUGUGUUUCACCUUAGAUUUUGCUGUGGGAUUCACAUGUUUUGACAAUAAAACAAAGAAGAUUCUCUGGAGAUUUAAAUUUUCUCAGCUCAAGGGGUCAUCAGAUGAUGGAAAAACCCGAGUUAAACUGCUUUUUCAGAAUAUUGAAACAAAACAAAUUGAGACAAAGGAACUAGAAUUUCAAGAUUUGACAGCAGUUUUAAAUUGCAUCCAUUCAUUUAUAGCUGCUAAAGUUGCAUCGGUGGAUCCAUCAUUUAUAGACAGCCAAUUCAUUGCAAGAAAAUAUACUUACAGUAAUUAAGAAAACAAUGUGUUGUGACUAUAACAGAUAAAUUAUUUUCUUAAAGAAAAAAAAUAUUUCAUGUGCAUUAUUACAAUUCCAUGUAAUUUUA